UUAACCUGUAUCUGUAUGGUUUUAUGCAUUGAUGAUUUGCUGGUUGGUGCCAGACAGGCUAGUUUGAAUAUUAUUAAGGAGGUGUACUGGUAUUCCCAUUAAAGUGGCUGGCGAUUGUAUAUCGUAUAGCGGUGUAAUAAAUAUUUAUUGCUGUUAUUUAAUUGCACUGUAAGUCACUCCACUGUGUAGUCAGUUUCUCACCAUUGUUGCUGUGGGUGUGGCUGAUUAAAAGAGAUGCUUGUGGUUAUGUUCAGAUGCUUUCCAGUGAGUUUACUGCCACAGAGAAUUCCACAGUCUCACAGAUGGGAUGUUUCACAGUCUUUCUCUGUGACUGUGAACAUGCUUGUAGUGUGUUCAAGGUAUUUUUUUCGACUUCAGCGCCAGAGACACUUUUAAUGGCAUAUUUCUCUUUUUCCCAUGAAGCUGAAUAAUGUCACUGACAAACGACACCUGGAGAAAGCUGCAGAAGUUAAUCGCAAAAUACAUUAUACAGCCGAAAAUGAUUACUAAGAUGUCAUUUAAAACAAUAUUACGGUUCUUAAUGAAGGGAGAGCCCCGUUCUGUGAGUUCAUCUGUUCAAUAAUUAACCAAAAGUAAAACGACAGCAUGUGUUAUUACAGAUAUUACUGGAAAUGACAGUGAUUUAGCCCAAAAUGUAAAUAACUGACUUUUUUUCUUUUUCUUUCACGCGCUUUGACUGUUCUGGUGUGAACUCUAUAUUCAUAGAAUUAUACCAAAAAUAUUUUAAUUAUAGUCUCAGUAGUCCAUUCAUGUAAUAGUAAAUACAAAUCAAUGUUUAGGUGCUUUCUCAAACUUGCUGACAGUGAUUGUUGUAAAAGUUAAAAAAUAUUAAUGAAAACCAGAUGGUCUUCAAAAGAAAUGAGAAGUGAAAAAGAGGAAGUUGUGAAAGUUACAGACAUUGGAGAUUUUCAUCAUAAUGUAUUUCAUGUUUUUUUAUUUUUAUUUAAUUUUUUUUUUUUUUUUUAGAGAUUUUGUGUAUAAAGACCAAUUGCUCUUCCCCCCCCAGUGUUGGUAUUAUUUUCAUUAUUAUCUUGUAUUCCUGUUAAAGAUGAUUUAAGGUUUUACAUUAAGACAGCUUUAAAGAUAACACUCAGUCUAUAGAUAUCCUGCUACUAUUCACUAUUAAUAUUACUAAUUACCUGUCAUUCAAGGCUUACAAUCCUAAUAAACACUAGUUCUUACCUAGUGGUAAUAAACCACACCCCCCCACCCCCACAGACACAUUAAUCUUGACAUUAGUCAGGUCACUGAAAGUGUCCAGAGGAAUGACUAAAGCUAAUGAAGUGCUCAUCAUUUCUCCUGUAACUCCUCCUCCGGGGUUGUUUUACAUCCGACUCACACAGACAAGCUCCAGACACUGUUAGAAAGGAUCGGGGUGACUCCUAGCUCACCCACUCUAUCUCCUUGUGCCUCCUCGAACCCUUUUCCAUCGCAUGAUCCUCACGCCUGAAGAACCAAGUCAAGAAGAAGCAGCACUCUGAAGUGCUCACUAUGUCGGACUUUGAUUUUUAGUGCAUCUCUGUGGACUUGGGCAGAUCUUCAAACUUGUUUGUAGGAAAACAUUUUCGUGAUUUUUGCCAUAGGGGAAGCAUUUGAUACCGCUUUUAUAAAGAUUUCCAAAAAGUUACAGAGAGAAAUUUUUGCCCAUUGCGUUUUGCACUUGAGUCAAUUGUUCUAAACUGACUGAGUCGUGUGGGGUGAUGGGAUCGGACGUGCGAGAUCUGAGUCCCCUCAUGCCCGCUGUACCCACUCUACCACCUCUUCCAGGGCCCAACAGCGGAGCUCCUCAGUGGGGUCCGAUCGUCGACUUUCACCCCGGCUCUCCAUACGGAGCUCUGCCCUCACACUCGUUCAUCAAGCAGGAGCCUGGCUGGGGGUCGGUGGACACCCAUGAUGACGCUCACUGCACCCUCGGUGCCUUCACUGUGCACUUUUCAGGGCAGUUUAACGGAGGCUACAGGUACGGAGCAUUCAAUGAGCCAUCAUCUGGACAGAACAGGGGAUUCAGUAGCACCCCGUAUCUGAGCGGCUGUGCUGAAAAUCCUCCAAUCCCGAGGAGUCAGACAGAUGUGGAUGGAGCGUUAAGUUUUCCCCAUACUCCUGUUCACCAUGUGCCACCCUUUCCUUGUUCGCACCCAUUCAAACCUGAGGAUGCUUUGUCACAGUCCACCAUGGAUGAGCAGCAGUACCUGACCCCGCCCCCUGUCUAUGGUUGCCACGCCCCCAGCGACAGCCAGGCUCUUCUUUUACGAAACGGCUACAACAGUGAUAAUCUGUACCAAAUGACGGAAUGUGUGACCUGGAACCCGGUCAACAGUCUGGCCUCCACCAUCAAGAGUCCAAGUACAGGGUUUGAGAGCGAGCCAACGGCAGCUGUUGCUCCUGUGAUGUACAGCACUCAGUACCACAUACACACACAUGGCAUGUUCCGAGGAAUUCAGGACGUGAGACAAGUACCGAGCAUCACUCCCUCCAUCAUGAGGUCGGCCCAACACAGUGAGAAACGCCCGUUCAUGUGCUCGUACCCUGGCUGCAGCAAGAGAUACUUCAAACUCUCACACCUGCAGAUGCACGGAAGGAAACACACAGGAGAGAAACCGUACCAGUGCGACUAUACAGACUGUGGCCGCAGAUUCUCCAGAUCAGACCAGCUGAAGAGACACCAGCGCAGACACACAGGAGUAAAACCCUUUCAGUGUGAGACAUGUCAGAGAAAAUUCUCACGCUCGGACCACCUCAAGACUCACACGCGGACUCAUACAGGUAAAACAAGUGAGAAGCCGUUUACCUGUCGCUGGCCGAGCUGUCAGAAGAAGUUUGCUCGUUCAGACGAGCUCGUCAGACAUCAUAGCAUGCACGAGAGGAACGUCACCAAACUGCAGUCGGCUCUCUGAACUUCCCAAAAUCUUACACACAAACUAUCAUUAACUAACUCAUGGCGAUUAUUAAAACAGACAUGCUGUACAGCUUGAUGACGCCAGUGCUCAGGACUGAACAGCCAAUUAUUAACAUCAUUAAACUGCUUUGGAAUAUACAAGUCCAGAAAUAAAGUAAAAAAAAAAAAAAAAAUAAAAAUAAAAAUCUAUAAUGAUAAACAAAAGGCUUUAAAUGCCUUGGUAAAGUCUUAUAAGGAACAUUUUAGAUCAUCUCAUGUUGUAAAUAACUCGUGAUUGCUUAGAAUCAAUAUCUAAAAUGGAUAGGCUGGUUCACUUAAAAUCAUGAUUAUUUCUGAUUUUACAUACAUGCUUUCAUUUUUAUAAAAAGAAAAUGCACUGUUAUAUUUCUUUGUACAUACUUGAUAAUCUUUGACAAACUUUUAAUAUCCAUAUUUUGUAUUAAAAAGCUUCGA